AUGUCCUCUACUCAAGAUUCCGCCACCAAGAUCUCUAUCGAUAGAUUCGAUGGAGACAACUACGCGACGUGGAGCCGCUACAUGCGUGGCGUGUUCCUGACCAAGUCGACGUGGCACGUGGUCAACCGGGAGACCACCCCCACCUUCGCCGAUCCUCGCGCCAGUGAUGAGUACGUCAAGACGAACAACAUUGCGUUCGGCUUGAUGUUACUUCACAUGAGCGCGGACUAUCAUCACGUGGUUGAUGACUGCGACGAGGCAUGGGUUGCGUGGACACGGUUGAAGACUCUCUACGGCGGAUCGCAGAAGGCGGGACGGAUCUUCUUGAAGCGGCAGCUGUUCAGCAUGGAGAUGGCGGAAGGCGGCAAUGUAAUGCAUCAUUGCAAUGAAGUUCUCAACAUCAGCGCCAAGCUCAGCAGCAUCGGCGCCAAGAUGGAGGAUGAGGACGUGGCGAUCUGCUUGUUGUGCAGCCUCCCCAAGAGCUACGAGAACGUCGUGCUGAGCUUGGAGAUGAGCAGCGCGGAACUGCGGACGCAAGACGUCGUGAAAGUGCUGACGAAUGAGCACAUCAAGAGACAAGGGAAAAGACGACAUCGGUGA